UUCGCGCCCCAGCGGACGCUCAUUUGCCCGCGGCAACUUAUUCUUUCGUUUACAUAAUUAAGGGGCGCGGGCUGCCACGGGAAUACGCGCGCGCGCGGCGACCUCGAUGCCGUAAUUCGAUCCGCGAACGCGUUAAUAACAUUGUUAGUUUAAUGCGCCGACGUGCGGGGAGCGGCGAGGCGGGGUGGAUAUCACCCCCUUUCCACUGACUCACUUUUAAAACCGUCCACGGUAUUUUCUUCUAUUCGCUGAUUUAAUCCCCGGAGAGAUCCGGAUCAAAUUGCGAAUUACUCUGCUCGUUACGCUUCGAUUCACGUGAGUCUUUCUGUCUUCGUCGUGGAGCGAUUAAGAUUGAUUCGACCCUGUAUUCUUAAUUUCUGUAAUCGUUCGAUUAUUAUCGGAGACAAUGGUAUGUUGGAAAGUGUUUCAAGUUAUCGCUAGGAAACACUGACAUGAAACACUUUCCAAUGUACCAUUGUCUUCAAUUAUGAUCGAAUGAUUACAAAAAUUAAGAAUGGUUAAAGAUCGAAUGAUUAAAGAAAUUAAGACAGGGUCGAAGCAAUCUUAAUCAGUGCAGGAUGAAGACAAAAAAAAUCACGUGAAAGUUACUGCUAGGAAACAUUGACAUAGAUAAAAAUAAUAAAAUGAUUUUUGGUAGUAAAAGUGCCAUGUUUACAUGAGAUUGCUCAAUAGCUAAAUUUAACCCCUCGUGACGAAGAUAUCUAGACUGAAUAAUAAUCAAUAUUGUUCAUUACCUAUGGAUCAAAACAAACUAUUCUAUUACCAAUGUGUAUCAAAUGAAAGUUCCACGGAUCGGUCGGUGGAACGGAGAGGAAGGUGGAAUGGCGCGAAACGGAAAGAGAAGGGCCUGUCGCGGGCCCCCCGAGUAAGGAGCCCUAAGCCGUGAACUGUACGGUCUGUACAAUGACGUAGUGUUCUGUCAUCCGGCGCGCUACCUCUCCAGCAGUCUCGCCGCUACCACCGUUGGCCAUUAUAGUGGGACAGAACACUUCACCGGUUCACAACUAUACAUAUAGUGGCAGGCCUUUGAACGGUGCGCGCCGCGUGGCUCGUGUGCGCCGCGCGUUUUUCCUCCCUCCUCCCCGCGUCCUUUUCUCUCUCUCUCCUCGUCGCCUCUCUUCCGCUGUUUGUUAUCGUGUUCUCACCGCGCGGACGAUAUCAAGUCCCCAGUGGCGCUGGCGAUCCACCGAUCUCCCUUGAUCCUGCGCGGACACAAACAAGAGGCCAACGACACCGCGGAUCUCCCUCGAGGAUGGAACGACGAUGCUGGCCGAGUAAAUGGAAGCCGACGAUCGGGGAGGCUGCUCGCUUUUAGAGGGAAAUGAACCGGGACACCGUGCGCCCGCAUUGGGGCCGCAUCAUGAGCGAGGCUGCGCGAGGCGAUCAUCCUUGAGAGUCAUGAGAGCUUCGGCCCUGAUCUGCUGGAUACUCGUCUUCCGAUCGAUCCUGGGCACCACCGGAAAUCUGCCAAACGACAGGACAUCUCGAGCCCCGGAAGAAAUCAUCGCGGAGCCGUCAUCCUCCAAAUCCUUCCGUUCCUGGAUGUCCGUCAGUCUCAGGGAGCAGCGGAACGACGAGCUCGAGGAGGACGCACUUCCCACAAGGCACGCGAGGCACCGGAAACGACGUCGCUGCAGAAAUCGAUCGUGUUCCCACGGCGCUCUCGGGAAGCUGCUUCUCCUCCGAAACGAGACCACGAGCGAUCCGAAUGGGAACGUCGUCUCGGAGAACGGAGAACGCGUGGUCAUCGCGAGCGAUCCCAUAGAGGACAUAAACGAAGGCAAGGAGGACUACGACGCCUUGGACAGAAACGCCUCGGUCGUCGACGAUCUGCCAGAGCUGAUGGACUCCUACGACAAGCGUGGUCUCCUAGACGAUCUGGAGUUCCAGGACACGGAGCUGUCCUGGCCGGAGGACUCGUUCAAAGCGAACGAUAGCGACCACGAAGCGACUCGACCGACAGCCGUCUACGAUCAGCCGACGUUCCACGAAGACCUGGGCGGUCUGCUGAGCAGGCUGUUCCAAAGGCUGCGCAACGCGUCCGCGGCGGAGGACAUACUGAAGGAGCUGAACUUCGUGAACGGGGCGAGCGAGGAUCCCUGCCAGAAGUGGCUGAACAGUCGAGACAAGCUGGAGAAGGUCUUCUUGGGUGGCCUCGCCUCUCUGCCCGCCUGUCCCUGCCAAUAUCCCAGCAACAUCUUUUACGACGACAAAAUCUGGGACGACCGGCAGGCGAAGCACUUCAGGUGGCGAGACGUGAGCGGCGGCUCUCAGAGGCUGGACGUUUACAAGCCGGGCGCCGCGCAUUGCGUGCGCUCGUUGCUGGCCAGGGGAAGCGGAAACGCGGCCGCGCAGCAUUGCUGUUACGAUCGCAAGAGGAGAUUGCUGACCCGUGGUUCCGGCGCGGGCACUCCGAACUUCGUCAGCCCGGAGAUAUCGGCCGUACUGCACGAGAGGAUCGACGUGCUGCCUUGGAGACUGUGCAAAGGGGACUUCUCCAGGUACAACGGGGUGAGGCCGCCGAACAACGGCAACGGGUGCGAAGCGAAUCCCGACGACGCGGAGUACCAGCGGCAAAUCGAUGACACCAAGUACUAUUAACACUAGGUUCACGGCCAUUUACUGUACACUUCAUAUUAUUUCUAAAAGAAUUGAUGCUGGUUCAUUCAGAUUGUGGAAACUGUAUGUAAACUUAUCUUGUAAACAUUUACAAAAU